AUGGAGCCCGGUGGCGAUAUUGGUUCGAAUGUGAUGUUUUUGACCACUGACGAUACCGAAAUUGGCGACAUCGGUUUUUUUCUGACUCAAAGAGGAAACCUGCACAGCCCUCACCUGAAAUCUUCAGUGACGAAAUGUCUCUAUCAAGGUCACAUUUCAAAAGAUGAACAAACUGACGUCCACAGUCCAGUGCGAAUCAAGUAUUGCGACAAAGAAGGUCAGAAUGUUCCAGAACUUUCUGGACUAGUUUUGUUGAAUGGAAAAGUCUACACACUGCACACGAAUGACCAUGAAGGCAAGUGGAUAAUGUUCUCAGAAGAACAUAUGCGGAAGGACUUGCAAGACCAAGAUGUUGGUGGCGCGAUUGAUCAAGAUUUUGUCUCGCUUGACCCGGAGGACAAAAUAUUGGAGCUUCCAGAGGUGUCCAGCAGAUCCAGAAGACAUGCACCGGAAAGGAGCUACGUGGAACUCAUGUUAUUCCAUGGCUUUGAUUGGUACGAAGCGUUUGGACCCUCCGAGCAAGAUGCUAUGACCAAGCUUCUGGAUAAAGAUAUUGAGAUUGUGCACUUAGCCGACUUCUUCUUCGCCGGCCUGAAAAACAUCAACCUCCAUCUUUCCUUGGUAGAUGUUCACACCUUCGCCACUGCAGAGUCGGACCCAACAUGGAACGAGACCGCAGACGCAAUUUAUAUGCUGCGAAACUUCACAGAUUACCACAAAAAAAACCUGCAGCAAUUUCCCGACCACGACAACUUUGUUCUUUUAAUAGUGCGUGACUUGCCAAAAACUCCGGGCUAUAUUGGUCUGGCUUAUACGGGCACACAAUGCUCUAAUUAUUGGGCAGCAGGCUGGGUGAAAAAUGCAAUACAUAGCCUGCCCCAUGUAGCUGGAACUCUGGCUCACGAAGUUGGACAUAACUUUGGAUUGGGCCAUAACCCGACCAAUAAGAGUGACCCCUGUUAUUGCUCUAAAGAAGACUUGUGUAUCAUGGAUGCAUUCGCAAAAAAAUUGCCCGCCAAGAAAUUCUCACACUGUCAGCAGGCAUCCAUUGAAAAAUUCAUGGAGCACGGUAACUCGAUGUGUCUGCACAAUGAGCCCUCGUACCAUAUAGAAACGGGUUACUGCGGGGACUACAUAGUCAAUAGGGAGAAUGGGGAGGAGUGUGAUUGCGGGAUUGCGGCCAGGUGUGAUGACCCCUGCUGUCAUGCCAACAACUGCAGCCUAGUCGCAGGUGCCGCCUGUUCUGCUGCGGAUCUGUGUUGCGACCCCGACAACUGUCAAGUCCGAAGUUCUGGCUUCGUCUGUCGGGCAGAGGGCAACGACUGCGACAAAGCCGAACAGUGUAAUGGAAAAAAUGCCGAGUGUCCGAAUGACGACUUCAAGAGAUCGGGCUUAAGUUGCAGAGCAGAUGAUGGGGCGCAGGGACACUGCUAUGUCGGAAGUUGUCGAGCAGUUUAUUCCCAAUGUCUUCAGUAA